AUGAAUCUAAGAGAAUGGGCUUCAAAUAAUGAAGAGGUCAAUUCACUCUUUUCUUCUGAAGACCGUGCAGAAGUGAAAUCAAUGAAAGUGCUAGGCUUGAAUGGAACUUGGAAAGUGAUACUCUUUCAUAUCGUUCUGCAAAAAUGCUAUGCCAUAGUCUUCAUGCUACCAAAAAGGGAAAUUCUAAAAUACAUUGCAUCCAUUUUCGAUCCACUAGGCUUGAUUAGUCCUGUUAUCCUUGAUGCUAAAUAUUUUCUACAAGAACUGUGGAAUAAACACCUAGAGUGGGAUGAUGCCCUCAGUGAUGAUGAUCAAAAGAAAUGGAUCUCAUUAGAGAAACAACUGAUGAAUGUGGAACAUGUCUGUAUACCAAGAUCUAUAUCUGCAAACUGUUCACAACUCGUUGAAUAUCGCAUUGUAUGUUUCUGCGAUGCAUCACAAAAAGCGUACGCUGUUGCAGUAUACUUACAUCAACGGUCAGAAGAUACAACAAAAGUAGAUCUCAUCUUUUCAAAAACACGUUUAGUACCUUUGAAAAAGCUCUCAAUUACAAGACUAGAACUCUUAGCUCUUGUUAUAGGUUUACGAUGUUUACAGUUUGUUAAGAGUCAUCUUCAUUUACCAAUACUUGAUUCAUCCAUAUGGACUGAUUCGCAAUGUGUUCUACAUUGGUUACAUACAAAAAAGCAAUUAUCAGUAUUCGUUAAAAACCGUGUUAAUGAAAUAAAGAAGAUUUCAGAAAAUGUUACAAUAUCCUAUGUUCCAUCUAAAGACAAUCCAGCAGAUAUUGCAUCUCGUGGCCAAAAUCUUAUGAAUAACAAACUUUGGUGGGAAGGCCCAGCUUGGCUUAAAAGUGAGCCAGGUGAAUGGCCCCAAUUUAAAGUUCCGCAUAAUAACAAAGAAGAUAACAGUUAUGAAUCUGAGAUACGUAAAUUAAAGAAACCUAGUGAGAUUAGUUUGGUACAACCAUCGCGUGGCACAAAUACAAUUGAAAACACUAGUUCAGAUGAAAAUACUGGUCUAUUAACAAUAAACAGCCAACGGUUCUCUUCACUUACAAAACUUCUUAGAGUUACUGCUCUUGUGCUAAGAUUUUGUGAGAAAACUACAAAAGAAAAAUACCAACAAGGUAUAUCACAUGUGACGAAAUUAAAGAGUCUGAAAACAUGUCGAUAA